GGGGCGGGGUCCCCUGGAGCAACCUCCCGGGGCACCUGGAGAACCUCGCCGCGGGUGGCCAAGGGCCGGUGAGGGGGUGUGUGGCUGCCGGUGGAGCUUGCAGUGGCUUUGGGGUUUUCUUUUUGUUUGUCCCCCCUGCUGGGAGCCAGCGCGGCUCGCCGAGCAGUUCCCGAGCACCUGCCGCGGCGCGGCAUGAGAGCGGGGGCGCGGUGGGUGGGGACGGCCGAGUCUGGGGUCCCCAGCCCUGAGCUCCGGCCGGCGCCCGGCGCCGGGGGGCAGUGACUUGGGGAGAUUCCAGGGAGGCUUCCACGAAGAGGAAAGCCCCAGUUUGAGCACACACCCCUUGCCCGGGCCCUGCCCUUGGCUAGAAGUCUGAUUAUUGGGGAACAAAACACACCCAGCUGCUUUCCAUCCUCCCUGCACUUUGAGUCGGAAAAUAGCUCUCGGGCAAGCUGUUGUUAUGGGUUUUUUCACCUGGGCUGGAGAGAAUCACAGCUUGCAAGACUCUUCGUUUCUCAAGAAGUCAUAUCGUUUUCUUCAUCCCCGUGAAGAAUGUCAUAGAAUUUAAGAUACAGGAAGCUUAGAAAGGCCACUUAGUCAGAUGCCCACCCCCACCUCCUGCCUGUCCUCUAAAAGGGGAAAUAGAUGGAAGCUUUGAAAAAGUUCCGAAGCCAGUCAGCCUAGCACCGGGACCUUAAUCUCCUUCUCAACUCUGGUUUAUAAAUGAGGGAGCUUUUCUCGAAGUGUAAGUAACUCCCAAUGAGAAGAUAAAGAAGCAAACAAGUCCCUGGCAUUGCUGCCUCCUUGCCCAGGGCCCCACCCCACCGCACCCUGAGUCAAGCACAGAUACGUUAAACUGCUAGAGGCGUUAAACUGCUAGAGGCGGAGAUCCAUCCCAAGUGGGAAAACAAGAUUGGGGCCUGUCCUUCGACUAUCUGACCACAAAGCCCUUUAAUUGAAUAUCUGACCACAAAGUCCCUUAAAUCCUUCCUCAGGUCUGAGUGUGCUGAUUUGAAUCUUCUCCUCUAGCAAAAAGGCCAGAGUAGGGAAGUCUGAGAGACUAAGAGCGCCUUUGCCCCUCCAGGUUGUCAAACUCUCUAUGAGGUGAAACCAGAUGGUGUCUGUAGGCACUUCCAGCUCUGAGCACACUGCUCAGUCCCUCUUCCCUGGCUGCUUCCUGCUCCUCUGGCUUCAGAACUGUCCUAGCCAUCUGGCCCCUGGCCAGGUCAGGUGUCUCUCAGGUGGCUUGGUCCCCAGCACCCCCCAGGGGACCUGUUCUGUGCUUUUCUCUUUCUGACCUACACCUGUUGUAAUUACCUGUUUGCUCCUCUGUCUCCCCUUGUAGAGGGUAGCUCCCUCACAGGGCCAAGGACUUGUCCCAUUCAUCUCCGUAUCUCCAGGCUCUGCACAUCCCUAGCACAACAAAAGGAAGUCUUGGUUUAAUUCAUUUUACUGUCCUGUGGGUGUUCAGGUCUACAGCAAAAGGUGACUGGGCUGUUUGGGCACCCUGACAUAGCUGGCCCAGGCCCAAGGAUGAUAGAAGAAAACCAGUUAUGGAGCCUCCCUUGCUGAUUAAUUACCCACAGGACAUUCCAUUCAUGCCAGCUGCUUUACCGAGUGGACUCAGAGAGAAGGGGUAAUGGAUGCAACUCUCUGCCCUGGCAGAGAGGGUGCCAGAGCUUCUGCAGGUGAAUGAGUGCAACUCCAGGGUACGUGGAGCUUCACAGGAUUAUUUAUUUCUGUCUGUUUUUGUCUAUCAGUCUUUUCUGAACAUUUUGCCAUGUCGACAAAUCUUUUUGGAAUCCUAACAGGAGAUAUCUCUGGGUAGUAGGACUCCAUGAUUUUUUUACUUUCUUUUUGGUACUGUUUUAGCUUUUUCCAUUGACCAAGUACCGCCUUCAUAUUAGGGAGAUAAAAAGCUACUUUUAUUUUUAAAUUUUUCAACAUGAUUUUUCAGUGCCUAAAUUUCCAUUUCCUAACAUAAUUUACAUGACCAGUCCCUCCUGGCUGGCAGGAGAGCAUCAUGGUUCAGAUGAUUUCUCAAAGCGUGGCCUCACAGACAUCUGCCCUAGAAACACCCACGGUGCUUGUUGUGCAUUAUAAGGCGUCAGACAGGCACUGCAGGGCCACUGCUUCUACCUGCAGUCUUUCCUGUAAGGCUGCGAACUCAUCAAGGCCAGAGACGUUACCCUUUCUCCAUAAUGCUGGGCCCAGAACCGGGCUCAGCAAAGGUGUAGUGAAUGAGUGGAGGGAUGUGGAAUACAGAUUGAAGAUGGCUGUCCCUGGGCCCCUCCAGGAUAAACUCGGCGGGAUCUGCUUGGAUUUUCCAGGACAAAGAGAACUCCAGGCUCUAACCCCAUUAUUCCCCUUGGGGAAGCCUGUCUCAGCACUGGAGCAGAGUGGCUGGAGCCCUAGGAUGCAUUUCAUUUUCUCAGACAAGGUGGUGCUUCUGUUUGAUUUCUGGAGUGUCCACAGUCCUGCAGGCAUAGCCCUCUCGGCGUUGGUGGUCCUACUCCUCGCUGUGUUGUACGAAGGCAUCAAGGUUGGCAAAGCCAAGCUGCUCCACCAGGUGCUGGUGAGCCUGCCCACCUCCGUCAGCCAGCAGGUCAUCGCAGGGACAGACUGGGAUUCUGCAGCCUCAGAUCCUCCCCCCGUCAGCAGAACCCACCACAGCAGGAAGCACAUGAGCAUGUGUAACACCGGCAGGAGCUGAGUGGAGGGAAUGGAGCUGGCGGUGCCCUUUACAGGGCUGUCCGAGGAUGGAGUCUGUCCAUCUGCUACGAAGACAGCUGUGCUCAGGGAAACCCAGCCCAGAAACGCUGUGCCCACAGGUAGACACUUCAGAAUGCCAAGUUAGGCAACAGUCAUCCUUUUGUUCAUGGAACAAGCAUUAAUUGGGUGCCUGCUUAUAAGUAACUGUCACACAGCCGGUAAAUACCUGUGUUGGCAUGAUUAUUAAUUAGUACCUUCUCUCCCUGAGGGCAGAAGCAAAAAUAUAAUAACCGCUUUUUGAUUGACAAUAAGAAAUAACUGUUAUAGGAAGUAGAGUGUAUGACACCUUUAGGAUGGAUCAGUGCAUUUUCCCCAUGUUUGUAGGGAAUUAGAAAGCUGCCCAGUGUCUCAAUAGAUACGAGAUUCCUAAAGUCCAGUGUAGUCUUGCUGAUGAAACUUCCAACAAUCCACCUCUAAGUCCUCACCAGCUAAGGCUGCUUCCCCCGGGGCACUGCUGAGAUGGCCUUUCCAGGGAUGACUGGCAGCCUCUUCAGUUUGAUACAGUCUCUUGAAGUGUAAUACACUUGUGGUUUUUAUAGUAUAGGGGGCUUAAAAAUUUUUUUAAGAAUCUGUGCUUUAGAGAUAGGGAUUAUAGGGUUAGACCUAGUAGGCCAUCCAUUGCCCUCAUUUCCACAUUCUUCAGAGCCCAGUCACAAAUGAUGAUAAUUCCCCUACUUAAAUUUUUUUUUUAACUUAACCAACACCACCUAUAUAUGGUUGUUUAUUGUCAGGCAGUGUUCUAAAUACUUUACAAAUAUUAACUCAUUUAAUCCUCAUAAUAAGGUAGAAACUAUUUCUGUCCUCACCUUAGAGAUGAGAAGCACAGGCACAGAGAAGUUAAAGUCACUAGUUAAUAAGUGGCAGACCCAGGGUUCAGAACCAGGCAGCCUGGCCCCACGUCUGUUUCUUCAUCAACUCAGAUGAGGGGGUGGAGGCUGAGGGGGUAACUUGGCUAAUGCCACACAGCACCCAGUGGAGCAGGGAUGUGGAUGCAGAUCGUAGAAACUGAAAAGCCUGUGCUCUUUGUAUUUUAUCCUAACAGUGGAAAUUCUAUUUCAGGAGAUUCGUGGUAGGGCCUAGGAACCUAUAUUUUUGAAAGCAUCACUGUCUUUUCCCCCAGCCCAGUGCCAAUGAGGCAGGGAACACUGCUGUGCUGGCCAAGAGCCCAGGCCCUGGAAUCAGAUGGCCAGGAUUUGAAUUCUUGUUCUGCUGCUUACUAUCUAUGUAACUUUGGACAAGUUACUUUAUCUCUCUAGGCCUCAAUUUUCUCUAUUAAAUGGAUUGACAGUAGUGUCUUUGGCAGUGUUGCUGGGGACAAGACAGUCUGUGUGAAGUACCAGACAGCAGUGCCUACUUGUUCAACAAAAAGUAAUAAAUGGUAGUUCUCACUGCCUCCUAGGCCCACAUCUGGGAGACAGACGCAAAGUUUUCAAGGAUGACGUCAGGACAGAUACAGUGGAAUUUGAGUUCCUAUCUUAUAAACAUUUGAAAUCAGGGAACAUUUUUAUUAAAAUUAUUGUAUUUUUUAAGACUGGUUGCAUGGUUUUUAGAAGAUCCUGGAAUAAAUA